GCGGAUAGAGAACUGUUAGUUCUAUCUUCAUAUUCAAUAGCACGCUUAUCCGAUUAAAAACGCCUUAGAAAUACGCAAAAUACUAAGAAACUUUGUGCAAGUGGCCGGAAUUACCCCAUCUGACUCUACCUGUUUCAGUUCAUUUAUUUUAUACAAAAAUUAUAUGUAAUAUGUAUGUAAAUGUCAAUAUUAAAAAAGAGGCGAAGAAACUGUAUGUUUGAAAAGCAAUUUAAUAGAGUCUUGGAUGUGAUAAAAGUAUUCUUUGACUUAAGCAAAAACAGUCUUAAAAGUUACCUCAAAACUGUUAACAAUGUGUAUUCCAAAAUGUGGGUAACAGGAUAGGACGGAAAUUUUUUCGACCCUGUAAGCUGUGCCGAGAGGACGGUCCUGUCCUGUCUGUCGGAACGAACAAAAUUUUCUUCGGUAUUUCAACGUAAAAGAUAAUGAAAGUCACCUUCACCUAGCUGAGUCAGCUCUGUUUUGACCGGCGAAAUCUAUUUAUAAGUGGGACAAUUAUUAAGGAAUAACUAAUAAUAUUUAUUUUGCCAAUUCAAUGAGUAGAACGAAGCAGCCACAGAAUUUACUGUCUAUUUCAAUAAAAUGUCUUUCGAAAGUAACUUUGAAUCUACCCAGAUUAUUCUUGCCCGGUCGGAACCGACAGGUUCCUUUUAUGUUCGGGCGUGUUCCUUGCAACCGGAUUCCGACUGACUGUUCCUGAGGUGGGUUUCAUUCUGUUUCCGACCGGUUCCAGUCGAAAAAGUCCUAGGAAUCUGGUAGUAGGAACACGCCGGAACAUAAGGGAAACGACCGGAACGACGAUGGAAUACAACGAAACCGAUCGGUUCCGGCGGUCGGAAUGAUCGACCUGGGUGUUUCUUCUGCAACCCACUCAUUUUUUUCUGCUAAUUCUGUUGUCUCUUCUCUUCGUGCACUUUAAGUUUUCUGUUUCUGAAUUUCUUUUAUGAGUCAUCUUUUUCAAGGAAGAGAAAAGUACAAGACAGUAGAGAAUGACGGUAAGAAGGUUUUUUACCUUUGUUCAUCAUGUCGACCUCGUCGAGGAGCGCGGUACUUGUGAAUCUCUACAAGACAGUACACAGGACUGAAAAAAGUGUCCUAUGUCGGCCGGUCACUGGUAUAUUCUGUUACAUGCUAACAGUCUUUUCAUAGAUGAUAGUUAAAACAAUACCUAGCAUCCUUUUUUUAUUCCACAAGAAGAACAAUUAACUUUGCAGUUAAAAAUGUAAAUAACUUUUGUUUCGCUGACUUUACUACUAUAUAUCUUACAUUGUUUUGUCAUAGAAAACGUAGAGUUUUCUUCUUCUUUGACUAUACAAGUCAUCGAAACUUAUGUCGAAGAAGUAGCUACUGGUUCUAUGUAUCUUGCCACUAAUGGCACCGAAUAUACCUAGGGAACCAUAGCAUUUUGUGGACUGCUAGUAGAUACUGAAUACACAAUAAAUUACACCAUUUUCAACGUCUAUGGCUGUUUUAAAUAAAAGUUAGUGUGUUGAAUAGCUCAUAAAAUGUUACCUAUGAGACGACCAUUUUCUUUAAAAGUAUAUUAAAUGAUUAUCCUAGAAUAAAUAAGAAAAACUUUUCUUUAACGCUGUGCCCCUCAUCGUUAUGACUUGCCAAGUAUUAUCUAUUCAUUAAUGCCACAAAACAGCGAAAAGAAAAAAUUAACUAACAUAUCAUGUGUAUUUUCUUAGGUUAUCGACUGCACUCUACAACGCUAAUAAUAUGACUGUUUCCUUUCCGAACACUAUUGAGACUUAAUUACUGUGUCGCGUUAUAUGUGGACAAGCCGUCUAUCAAGCAAAGAUAUAUACAGGUUAACGGAAACUGACAUUUAAUAAGUGAUCCAUAGCCUGUUAACAAUCUGGCAAACUUUGAUGAUAAUUCUAAAAUUAGUCAUGGAAAGAAAGUGUGAGUAGAUGACUCAUACGUUCAUUAUAUUGUCCUUUAGACUAAAAUUUAAAAUCACUGACUAACGGCGACAUCAAUAGUAUCGAUUACCAACGGUAAUCGAUUAUGAAGGAAAGUUUUCAUUUUUCUGUCAUUAUAUCUUUAUCUGUUCAACAUUCGUUAAAUUUCUUCCUCAUCCCACUACACUUCUUUUAAUGCAAAAUGUAUAUAUAACGCAAAACUAGAAUAGUGAUGAUUACGUGGAUUUGAGCUUCUUUAUUUUUUCUGUUCAUGAUAAGCUGUCUUUUUAUUUCUUUUUUCACUCAUUGACAAAACUGACUUAAGUAGAUCUAUGCUAAAAUUCUUCUUUUUUGUCCUAUAACUUCCUGUUUUUGUUUGUUAGAUGGAUGUUUUAUUAGGGGAUUCGAACAGAUAUAACAUCCCCCAGAACCAUUUUGAACAAUCAUACAUCACAAACUGUACCGAUGGUAAAGAAUUAGAAAGAAUUUAUAAAGUUUUAAAGAGUAAAGAUGAACGGAAAUUUCAACAACUGGAAGAUUUGAUACUUGCACGAAUAGAAAAAGUCGAGCCGCAUAGCACUUUACUGUGUGAUGAAAAAUCGCCUUUAAAUACUUCAUUUUCGCCCGAAGAGGAACUGAAAAAUGUUGAUAAUUCGUUAAACACAAUGAGUCGUCGUAAAAAAGAGACGUUGCUUCGCUAUCCAAAUAGAACUUCGACUCAGACACAGAACAAAUCAGAUGAUAUCGAGAAACAAACGGCAAAGAAAAAUAAUGUUCUGCUUGGUAAUUUAAAUGAAGGACAAACAUCGGCUGAAGAGUGGCGUAUACUAGGAAAUACGGCUUAUAGUAAAAAUCAGUAUCAGCUAGCAUAUGAGUAUUACACAAAUAGCUUAAAAUUUGACAAAAAAAAUCCAUCAUUACAUAAUAAUCGCUUAAAAUUGAAUGACUACGAUGGAUGUAUUACUGAUUGUAAUGAAGUUUUAUGCAUUGAGACGCAAAAUAUUAAAGGCUUGUAUCGCCGAGCAAAGGCAUUUUUUGGGAAAAAAAUGUACAAUGAAGCAAUCAACGAUCUUGAGAGGUUACUGUUUUUUGAUUCGAAGAAUAAUGAAGCAAAACUAUUAUUGACUAUUAUAACAACAAAACAAAAUGAAGAUAUAAAUGUACAACAACAAGAUGGUAAACGUCCUGAAAUAAUUGAUGACGAUGUCGAGAUUCUCUCGGAGGUAUAUAAGACUAAUACAUCUGGAGGAAAAUGCAAAAUCACAGCUGUGAAGAGUGAUGAUGAUAUUGUGAAGAUUGGCCCAGAUGGAAAAAUUAUGCCGAACACUAAUCAUGAUAAGACUACGCCAAUUAUUUAUUCAAAUAAUCAACAACUAUACACUGAAUCUCUCGCGGAUGAUGAUAGUACUCCCUUACGGUAUCUGACCGAUAAUAAAGAUUCGUUCAACAAGAAGUCAAACUCACAAAAAAGGUAUACUUGCGGAAAUGGAGUCGAAGCGGAUAACGAAGGAGAAGAUGAUGAUAAUAAUAGUCUCAAUUCUGAUGGUCUUGGUGAAAAUUCAAGAUCACCUCGGAGUAUGAAUGUCUCACCAAUAACAACACCACGAGACCAAAUUGAUCAAAGUGUUCUGCUAUUUUCUCAAAUCCCAGACGACAAUAAUAAUGAAUCAUCAUUUGAAGACCGUGUAUAUAAUCCAACAGUAAUAAUGUCACAUUCAAAGCAAAAUGAAAAUCAUCCAAAUAUUUAUGACGAUGAACGACAAACAACUCCGAAAAUUAAUCCGAGCAGAUGGAACAAUACAUUUAUAACAGUGAGUUCAGCGGAUGCCCCAAAUGAUAAUGACGAUUUUGAUGAUAAUAGCGGUAGUAAUGACGGAUCGACAAUUUCGUUUAAUGAUGCUAUAUCAAAAUCAAAUUUUAGUCCGCAAAUACAACAUUGGUUGAGAGAAACAGCGUAUGGUGUCGAUUAUUUACACUCACUUGAAAUAGAACGAUAUAAGACACCAUGGUCACGUGAAAAAAUGCCAUGGAAUCUUGAUCAAUUUGAACGUUAUAUAAAAAAUUCUUAUCGUCAAGGCAAUUAUAAAAAUACAAUUGAAGCAUGCAAAAAAAUGUUAAAAAAUGGCCUGUUAGAUUAUCAUUGUCAUGUGGAACAUAUAAUCGAAAUUUUAUGGAAAUGUGCCGAUUCUUAUGCAAAAUUAAAUGAUCAUCAGCAUUCAAUACAAUUUACUAGUGAAACGUUACAGUUUAACAUUAUUCAUGGAGAAUCGCUCAUGUGUCGAGCAAAAGCAUUUCAAAAUGAAAACUUUCUAAUUUAUGCCUAUUUGGAUUAUUCUAAAAUCCAAUCAGCUGAUCCAAACUAUCAAUUAGCGUCAAAUUUUCGUAAAACAGUGAAAACAGCGUUGAAUGAAAAGGAGCCAAUGUGGAAAGAGAAAUGUGUUACUUCAAUUAAUGAUCUAUUUAUAUCAUAUAUGCAAGAAAAAUACAACUUUCCAUCAACAACGAAUGAACAAUACGAGUGGUAUAAAACACAUGGAAACACAUUGUAUAUGGAUGCAUGUUAUGUACUUGCAGUAAGAUUUUAUGAUAAAUGUAUAGAAUUAAUCAAAGAAAAACAAAUAGCUUAUGGAAAUCGUGGUGCUUGUUUUCUCAAAUUAUAUGAACCACGAAAAGCAAUCGAUGAUUUUGAUGUUGUAUUAAAUCACGAUAGUCGAAAUAUACGAGCAUUAUAUCGAAAAGCGUGUGCAUAUAAAAUGUUAAAUAAAGAUGAUCUAUAUUUAUUGACAUUAAACGAAUAUUUGAAAAUAAAUCCCACAAAUCAAUUGAUUUUAAAUGAAUAUUUUAAAAGUAUACACAAAAAAGUACCAAGAUAUCUAAGAAGAAUAAGAGCAGCAUUUAAAAAUCCUGACGCGGAUCAAUCACAAUCGCAACAGCUACUGUCAACAUCAACAUUAACAACACAAAAGAAUCGUAAAAGUCAUAAAAAAAAAUUUUUAACAUUUGAUGAAAUUGAAUCUCUUCGGAAAAGUGUUGACACAAUGAAAUGGUAUGAAUUUUCACAACAAAUUAAUACGAUCAAACCAUCUGAUAUGAGAAAUUAUUCAAAAUUAUUAUUUCAUUUAAAACCAGAAAUAAUCAACCAACAAAUUGAAAAUAUGUCACCAAAAUUAUUAAAAAUGAUUCUUAAAUAUUUUUAUCAAUUUAUUCAUGCUGAAAAACAACAACAACAAAAUACUAGCACAUAUUCAUACGGUGAAUAUUGUUUCAAUAUACUUUACGCAUUAUUAUCCGUAAAACAGUUUGAUUUAUCCGUAUCUAUGCUCGACGAUGAAUCUAAACGAUAUGUAAAUCAAUUAUUUUCUUAUUUUACAACAACAAUAACAACAGUUGAUGGUAUAAAAUUGAGUAAAUUGAAAGAAGGAUUUACUCUAAUUUAA